UCUCAUCGCUUCAGUGGCUGGGAAAGAAAGCUCCGCACUACCAACACUCUACAAGCAAUCUCUCCUAACAAAAACAAUCCUACGAGUUUAUUUACCCUCUGAUCUAACAUUCCCAAUCAAUUAUCUUCCCAUCAGAGGUAAAUCAAGUCAUGGGGGAAGCUGAUAUAUUCUGUUGGAAGUGUAGAAAGCCUUGUUCUGGAGAAAUUCUGAAAUUCAACGACCAUAUUUUUCAUUCAGACUGUUUGACUUGCAGAGUAUGCAACUGUCUGCUGAAAUCCCAGCCCAUCUUUGACUAUGAAGAUCACUACUACUGUGGUGACGACUAUCAUCGUAACUAYGGACAGAAGUGUCAUGCCUGCAAGCAGUUCAUUGAAGGAGAAGCUGUUGCAGUGCAUGGGAAUGUUUACCAUGACUCCUGUUUCGUCUGUGGAUAUUGCAGGCAGCCAUUUCCUAAUGGAGAGAAGAUAGCCUAUGACGGCAAGGACUAUAAGUGCCAAAAAUGUGUUAACACACCAAGGAAAUCUCCAAGUCCUCGACCUGCUCAUAGUCCUCAGCCCCUCCAUAGGAAGGCAAGCCCUACUGUGAGAAAGAUUACCAAGAACUGUUUGGCGUAAGGUGUGCUGGCUGUCAGGGCUACAUCACUGGUAAAGUGCUGCAGGCUGGCGACAAGCACUACCAUCCCAGUUGCUCUCGGUGYGCAAGAUGCCAUAAGGUGUUUGGCGAAGGGGAAGAAAUGUACCUGCAAGGCAAUGAGAUUUGGCAUCCACGUUGUAGUGACGAGGCAGCCCUGGAGCAGAAGCAGUUGAACGCCAGACCAUUCAAAGAUCAAAUCAUCCUUGCUCCUCAAACAGUGAGUCAAACUCAUUCGGCCCCAGAACCGCCAGCGAGAACAGCAAGCCAUAACGCCUGGAAUAACGUGUACAAGGGAACUGCUCCUCCAGAGGAAGAAGCACCACCAAGGGAAACUAAGAGCAGGCCAUAUUCCUAUCAUGAGUAUUCAUCAGCUGCAAAGUCUUAUGGAUCACGUGACAAUCCCCCGCCAUCUUCGGAGAAACCUGCCCACAGAAGUGACAUUCAAGUUCCUCUGGACAUCAAAGGUGCUCCUCGUGUUCGACGAUACAGCACUGAAGACAAAGACAAGCUGAUGCAGAGAGACUCGUCCUACCAUGAAAUGUCUUACAACAAUAUCGAUGGACAGCCUCAACCCGACCGAUAYUAUCGAUAUUCGGAACUCAUGACCAGCAACUAUCAACUGCCAAAAGGCGUGGACAAGACAAUGCUUGAGACCUACCUAACGCCAGAAGAAUUCCAGAAAGUUUUCUCAAUGCCGAGAGAAGAAUUCUACAAGCUACCACAGUGGAAGCAAAACCAGUAUAAGAAAAAAGCCCUCCUCUUCUAAGAUAUACAACAUUUUAUAGGCAUUUUWAAGUUAAAUCAUAGAAAAAAACUAAGAAAACACUAACUUCUGGAAUAAUGUACUUCAUAAUCAUAUUUUUAUCAAAUAUAAUCUUGUGACGUAAUUUCCGGUCCGUUCUAAUUUACAUUUUUGGCGCCAAAAUUAUAACCGGAAGUGACUCUCUCCAGAUUGAAACAAAAUUUGUCUUUCUUAGAACAUGAAAAUAAGAAAAUAACUUUAUAAUAUCCUAAAAUCAAUUGGAAAAAUAAAAAUACUUCUUUUUAAAGCUCUAAUUCUAUAAAAUAUUUUWAAAUCAUAUACAAACCAGUUUAAGCAAAAUUUUCCCUUUAAAUUAAAGACAAAAAAAUUUCCCUUUACAUUGAAGAUAUUUUCAACCAUUAAUGWAAAACUACGUUUUCAUUUUAUCAAAACUAGUGCAUAAACUAAAAUAAGUUUGCAUUGAGUGUGUACGUCAAAAUUAUCUAUAAUUUCGAAAACAACUCGUUAGAAAAGUUUUAAGGCACAUUUUUCUUUUAAUUUGUUUGAAAAUUUUAACUGUAAAUUUUAAAUUUUGAUGUUUAAAWACAAUAUAUACUUCAGUGUGGGUUUUUGAAACGCAUAUUUUAGUUGUUUGCUGAAUGAGUGUAAUUUUUAAUUCUUAAUUCUUUUGUCACUUGGGACAUCUUAUGGUUCAAUUCAAAAAGCCAUCAAUAAAUACGUAUAGAUAA